AUGGUUAUGAGUAUUGCAUCUACAUUUAUAGCCCUUUACUAUGGUUCAUGGAUAUCACAAAAUCUCAUACGUCAAAUAAAUGGUGGUGAAUUACUGGUUGGUACUGGGAGUGAUGAACGAACGUUAAGUACAUUAUUGUUUAAUUAUAUUGAAUGGAAUUAUAACACAGAAAAAGAACCCCAAUAUAAGCAAUAUUGUGUCUGGUUAAAACAAAAUUUAAUUAAACAAUAUCCGUGUAUUAUGACUGUUUAUUUAAAUGGCGAAAGCGAUAAGAAUUAUGAUCAUAUUAUGCCUGUAAUUGGAAUUGAUUAUCAGAUUAAUAAUGUAUACGAUGGUAAUGAUGUUCUUUAUUUUCAUAAUUUAUUUCAAAAUCAAAUAAUUAACAGACGUUUAGCCACAGAGAUGGGUACGAGACAAUCAUGUAAAGUGGGUCCAUAUGAAGGAGGAUGUAUACCUAGAGAUGUAACAUAUGGUUUAGCAAUCACAGGUAUAAUAGAUAAGGAUCAUUCAACAUUACCAAUUAAAUUAUAUGUUAAUUCAUGGGAUGAACCAAAUAUAUCACUAGGCGCAAAACCAAAAAUACUUAAAGGUAAAAUUAUCGUAUCGAAUCUUAUAUCAAAUCAAAACUAUGUUCUGUUACGGUAUAAUACCUAUAAGACUGUUCCGGCAUCCGGGAAAGAAAGUCAAUUUUUAAACUCAAAAUAUGAUUAUAGAUAUGAUUUUCUAGCAAAUGGUAGUACGUGGACAUUUAAUGACCCAAAUGGUAUUUAUUCAAAUGGUUCUACAUAUUAUCGCUGUGUUAAAUUCGUUGGAAACUAA